AUGUCCAACAUCUUGAGAAUCGAUGCAUCGCCGGUCUACGACAACAGCAUCAGCCAGGCGAUCGUGCAUGCACAUAAUCCGUAUGCAAAUUCCUCAUACAACAAUAACGACGAGAUACGAAUUUUGAUACAACAGCAGGAUUUGUGUGUGCUAUCCUUGUGUGUUCCGUUGAAUACCGUGCUAGGAUUCGCGGAAGAUUAUAAGAAAAUUGUUGCCAACGCUCGACAUGAGCUCAUUCUCAUACGAAGCAGAACUGACAAGAAUUGCUACAAAUAUGGCGCAGCGGCGGAAGAAAUGCGUUUGGAAAUAACAAAAUUACAAUGGAGAAUACCGCAUGUGAUGCCGUCGGAUGUCGAAAAGCUGUCGCUAUUAAGAAUAUUGGAGAAAAAUCAACCUAUACAGAUGUGCUUCAGAUCUUGGUCGUUGCACGAAUAUCCCAAUUUACCGAAAUCUAAAAUGCAAGUUUGGCCCAUCAAAAUAGCAACACAACUGGAAAAACCAAGAUAUGUGAUAUUUGCAUUGCAAAGAAAAAGGAAGGAAAACGUAAAUAAUCAUGCGAGUUAUUUCGACCAUUGCAAUUUACGCAACCUUAAGCUGUUUCUGAACAGCAAUUCAUAUCCAUAUGAGAAUCUAAACGUUAGCUGCAAAAAUGAACAAUUUGCUCUACUGUACGAUAUGUUUGCAAAGUUUCAGAAUACGUAUUAUGGAACUGAGAAUAGACCGAUUCUAGACAUGCAAACAUACAUCAAGGAUGCACCAAUAAUAGUGAUAGAUUGUUCGCGACAGAAUGAAUCUAUAAAAAGUGCUACGGUUGAAAUACGAAUAGAAUUUGAGAGCGAAACAGAUAUAGAGGAUGACACGGCUGCAUAUUGUCUCAUACUGCACGAUCGAAUCGUUGAGUACACACCUCUAACCAACGUCGUUCGCAAAUUGUUGUAA